CUGCCCAAUCCUAAACGAGCCCAUUCUGCUCUCCUCCCGGUCCGACAGAGGUCCUUCUGAACGGGCUGGCGGGAGAACCGGUAGAAACCGAACAGCUUUCUAAACGGGUCAGCGGCGCAGGGGUCCAGACAGGCCGGGGGAGAUUCCGAGCUGCGUUUCAUCGAAAGUGCGUGGCUCUUUACAACACUUAACCUCCCAGUGGAGUGAGGCGGAAGGCAGAAAAUGACGAAUACCAGCCGGGACUUUCACUGAAAUUAAAAGUCUUGCGUUUCAUUGUGUUUUUUGUAGCGCCUCUUUGUUCAUAAAGGGCCCCGCAUUCGGAAUCCCGGAGACGGGUUCGCGGUGCGGUUUACUCUCGGUGUAUUUGAGAAGCGAGGCAGGUUCUGUUGUGUUCCCUCUCCGGCGGGAGGUAUUACUGGCUCCUCUCUCGCAGUAGAGCGGCACGGCACGGCACGGCACGCCUCGCUUCUCUCGCAGCGGCAGAAAUGGCGAAGGUGCAAGUGCUGAAUGUGGCGGUUCUGGAUAACCCGAGCCCCUUCGGGAACCCGUUCCAGUUCGAGAUGACGUUCGAGUGCAUGGAAGACCUGCCUGAGGACCUGGAGUGGAAGAUCAUCUAUGUGGGCUCAGCGGAGAGCGAAGAGUACGAUCAAGUUCUGGAUUCGGUUCUGGUGGGCCCGGUACCAGCAGGGAGGCACAUGUUUGUGUUCCAGGCAGACGCUCCUAACACAGGACUGAUACCGGAGAGCGAUGCAGUGGGGGUGACUGUGGUGCUCAUCACCUGCACUUACCGGGGUCAGGAGUUCAUCCGGGUGGGAUACUACGUGAACAACGAGUACACAGACCCUGAGCUCCGGGAAAACCCCCCUCUCAAACCACACUACGAGCAGCUCCAGAGGAAUAUCCUGGCCUCCAAUCCCAGGGUCACCCGCUUCCACAUCAACUGGGACGGCAGCGCUGACAAGAUGGAGGACGCGGAGAAUGUGGACCCCACCCCCAACACCAUGCUGCCCCCGAGCUGCGCUCCCACCAAGGGCACCGGCCUCGGCCUGCUGCCCGAAAACUCCAUGGACUGCCUGUAGACUCGCUCUGCUCCCCGGCUAGCCAUGCCUUCCACUGCUCCUUCGCACCGAGGGUUCUGCUCCUCGGCAGCACUGAUCAGACUGCCCUGUCAGGGCUUCCAGCUGCUGCAGAGCUGCAUCCUGCACCCUGCGGUGUGACUGCAUGGAGGGGGUUUUCAGCACUUCAUAUCUGGAGCAAGGACUGAUUUAUUGUUUUUUUUUUUAUUCUUUCUCAUUACCGGAAGACCUUUCUGUAAAAAAAAAAAAAAAAAAAAAAAAAAAAAAAAAAAAAAAAAAAAAAAAAAAAAUUAAUGAAAUAAAAAAUAUUUGGGAGAUUGUAUUGCCAGCUAUGCUUUUCACUUGGCAAGCAGGAAGUGAAUGAACAAAACAAACCAACAGGGUCCUGCUUAUUGAUGGGAGUUGAGACUUCCAUCUUAAAUUGAUUGGGUUUCAUGCUGAGUUGUGCUGGUAGGGUUAUAUGUUGGCAGCUGUUGAAAACGCUGUCCUGGGUUUCGCAACUAUCGAUUUUAAGGUGGAAGCAUUUGAGCAAUCCUGUUCAAUCACAAAUGGUACUUGUCCAGAAACCAACAGAUCAAUUAAUGGCGAGACUUAUUACUGUAUAACACUUCCUAUAGGUUAGAACAAUUCGGAGCACUUCUCAACGUCAAACUAAUACAAGUGGGCAAAGCUGGGUCUUUAGCAUUAACACUGAAGCUGUCUGAAGCAUUGUCUGCUUGGCAUUCUCACAGCACAUUUAGUAAAGGCGUCGCCCCUGCUAACUCCUAUUAGCAAGUUUGUUACUAACAUACAAAAUUAUAACUAGAUAAUGUAGAUCAGCAUGACUUGCAUCCACAGUACAGAUUGUAAGUUAAUUACAGUGCAGGCCAGUUCCUUCAUAGAUCCACAUAUUGGGUAUAUGAUAAAAGAAUGCUGGAGUCAGGUUUCGUCAAUACCAUUUUAGUGAUUUCAAAGGUGUUUGUUACAAGGAUCAGUUUAGCUGAAAGGGUGGUUCUGAAACCCAGGACUGGAGGCAGAGUGACUGCUGAGUUCUAAUUGGUGGUAAACCAGUUCUGAAACUACACACUGGGGCAGGGCAAGGUUUCUUGGUGGGGGGUGGGGGGGUAGAGGGAGAGGGCUGUUUCUUUUGUAAACAUCUGUACAUACAUACAAGGCUUUUUGUUUUGGAGUAAAAUUGUGCAUAACUUUACCCCUGCCCCCC